GCUCAAUAUCUGUGGCUUUAGCAUCAGGGGCUUGCCAAAGACACUGGAAUUUGAUGAGAUUAAUUUUCUAAAGCAAAUAAAAAACCGCGACGAAAACGGUUGGAAAUAAAAGGUUUUAUGUGCUGAACUAAGAAUUAUUUAAAAGUCGGUGCGUGAAAAAGUGUCAUGUGGGUGAGAAUGUAAUUGUAAUUUGUCAUUGAAAAAAGCUGAAUUACAUUGAAACAAAUAUAAUUAAUCAAAAUUACGAUAACUCUGACUUCAAACGUAAUUGAUUGCAAUUUUAUGACAAUGUAAUUACAGGUACAAUUUACAUUAGCAUAAAUAUGCUCUUAAAGACUGUUUGCAUGUCCAAGUCAUGACGCGGGUCAACGAGGCAGAAAAACCCUUCCUUUGUUAAAUUUUCGAGGAAAAAUGAAGGGGAGAUUCAUUUCGAUUUAUCACUAAUCCUCGUUGGUCGAAGGCCACACUACUCACACCAACGAAAAUUGUGCUCCUUUUGCAGGGACAGUACUUACGUACGGUAUAUGAAGUCCUGAGUAGAGUGAGGUCAUAAGUCAACGAACAAACACUUUUAAAAGGCUCUUAUGCAAACUGUUAGCAUAACUGGAUAAGAUACGAGACAACCCAACCAUACAGAUCCAAGUCAGCAUGCAGUAAAUAAGAGAGCAACAAAAAACGCGGAACAAAACUUGCACGAUGCAACAAAACCUCUCCGUUUGAUCAAUUUUCUGAAAUGAACUUAGAACCAUGGCCGAAAUUGGUGCUUUAAUAAGGAAACAGCAGAGCAAAUUUGUGGAGACUCUGGCCAAGAAGUCUCAUUUUUCCAUGUCUGAAGUCGAUGGCUUGCUCUCUGUGUACAGGAAACUCUCCGAAGGUCUUGAGGUAGACCGUAUGGAUCGAACCCGUUUUCGAGAGUUCCUUCACAACGCUUUCGAUAUGACGGAUGAUAUUUUGUUGGACCGAAUUUUCAAACGCUUUGACGCGGAUAACGAUGGAUAUGUGAGCCGAGAAGAGUGGGUGUACGGCUUGAGUGUGUUUCUAAAAGGCAAUGAGGAUCAACACAUCGAGUACUGCUUCGAUAUCUACGAUCUCAAUAGUGACGGUUUCAUCAGCCGAGAAGAGAUGCUCAAUAUGCUCAAAACCUGUCUGGGUCGCCAAGGUCUGGAGGAGGAUCAAGACGAAGGAGUAAAAGAUUUGAUUGAAAUGACUCUGAGGAAGAUGGACAUAGACAAAGAUGGUCGGAUCUCGGAAUCUGAUUGGACACAGACAAUCAAGGCCGAGCCUUUGAUGUUGGAGGCCUUUGGACCAUGUUUGCCCCAGAGAAAUGCCGGAGAGAUCUUUCUCGAGAAGUGCAGAGAGGCGGAUUGACUCACUAUAUACAAUAUUACACACAUACAUUUCCACCCACGACUCUUACUACUUUAAUACUUAUCAAACUUGGUCCAAUAAAGACAUUGCUACUUCGCCUA